CUGUCCCUGUCGAACGUACAUGUACAUCGCCCGUGGCUUUCAACCCUGUUGCUAGGUUGCUUUCCUGACCGGCCUGACAGGGCUGAACUUGAACACACCCGAGUGCGCCUUGCUUAUUCCCACAAAAUUUGAGAAUCGCCUGUUCUUAUACCACAACUUCCUCAAUUUGCUCCUUUCGUCCUCCACGUUUGUCCACCGCGGACGUACAUCAAACACGGAGACACACACACGAGUUGACACACAAUGGAGCCCUCAUCACUUGCCCAUGACAUGCCCAUCACGCCUCCCCCGGGCAGGGCGGUGCCCAGCGACCAGCCCCAAGCACCCAUGCCGCUCCCCAAAGGCGUCUACGUCCCCAUGCCCGCCUUCUUCACCCCAGCCGUCCCGUCACCCUCCACCUCCCAGCAGCCAGUAUCCAGUCUCGCCGCAGACCCAGACAGCAUCGACAUCCCGGCCACGCAACGGCACACCGCGCGCUUGCUCGCGGCCGGCGUCACGGGGCUCGUCGUGCACGGCUCCAACGGCGAAGCCGUGCACCUCUCCCGUCGCGAGCGGCGCGCCGUCAUCGAGGCCGUGGCCGACACGGUGCGCCACGAGACCGACUCGCACUCGCCGGUGCCCAUCAUCGCCGGGUGCUCGGCGCAGUCGGUGCGCGAGACGCUCGAGCUGUGCCGCGAGGCGCGCGACGCCGGCGCCACGCACGCCCUGGUCCUGCCGCCGGCCUACUACCGCGGCCUGGUCGGCGUCGAGGGCAUCCUGGGCUACUACCGGGCCGUGGCGGACCGCGGCGCGCUGCCCGUCGUCGUGUACAACUUCCCGCCGGCCGCGAACGGCGUCGAUCUCGACUCGGACGUGCUGCUGCGCCUGGCCGAGCACCCGCGCAUCGUGGGCGUCAAGCUGACGUGUGGCAACACGGGCAAGCUGGCGCGGCUGGUCGAGGGCGCGCCGCGCGUGCGAGGCGGGCGGGACGACUUCUUCGUCGGCGGCGGCAGCGCCGAUUUCAUCCUCCAGGGCUUGGCGGUCGGCGCGCACGGGACGAUCAGCGGGUUCGCCAACCUGGCGCCGAGGGCGUGCGUGCGGAUCGGCGAGCUGUUCGAGCAAGGGCGGCUGGCAGAGGCGAGGGCGCUGCAGCACGAGGUGGCCAAGGCGGACUGGCUGGCGAUCCGGCACGGUUUCGUCGGCGUCAAGGCUGCCAUGCCCAUCUUCCACGGCCCCGGGGAGGACUCGUGCGCGGUGCCGCGACUGCCGUUCACGAGGUUGGAGGAGGACAGCCAGGCCGUCAAGGAGAUAAGGCAAGGCAUGGCAGGGGCGCUGGCGAUUGAGGCGAGGCUGUCGGCUGAGGCGGCCAGCAAUAAGUAACAGGAGGGGUAUCCGGUCAUUGGACACACAGUAGAGUUGUUUGUACGAUCUCUUUGGGCGAGGCAGUCAAAAGCUACCGGCACGGUUGGGUCG